AUUGUGUUUCUGUCAGGCGCUACAGUAAGAUGCGGCUGCCUACCACUUUAGUAGUUUGCAUUCUAGCAACGUCAAUCGUUGUUAGUGCGCAGGAGAUACCUCGGGCGCGAUUGAAUGAUGGCAAUAUGAUACCAAUUUUAGCUUUAGGCACAUAUGGUUCAGAUGAAGAUCGUGCAAAACUACGGCAAGCAGUCAAUGAUGCUGUUGAACUCGGGUACAGACACAUUGACACCGCUGCGUACUAUAAAAAUGAGGAACAAAUCGGUGAGGGUAUCCGUGACGUCAUUCAGAAAGGUCUCGUGACGAGAGAAGACCUGUUCAUCACCACAAAGCUGUGGAACGACAGACACGCGUGCGAGCAAGUGGUGCCUGCCCUAAACGAGUCCCUCAGUAAACUUGGUUUGGAAUACAUAGACCUAUAUCUUAUUCAUAGUCCUGGAUCACAAAGGGAAGAUGGAAGUUUUGAUUACAUCGAUUAUUUAGAAACAUGGAUCGGUAUGCAAGAAGCCAAGAAACUUGGCUUGGCGAAGUCCAUAGGAGUAUCGAACUUCAAUAACGAGCAGAUCAAGCGAAUUAUUGAUAAUUGUGAAAUAGUACCGGCCGUGAAUCAAAUUGAAGUACAUCCAGCUUUGACGCAGGAAAAACUGGUUCCGUUCUGUCACAAUUGGGGUAUCAAUGUGAUGGCGUACAGCCCGUUUGGGUUCCUGGUAUCGAGGGACGCUACCGAUGCUCCACCCCCUAGGAUUGAUGACCCCAUACUUGAAAACAUCGCCAAUAAAUAUGGAAAGAGCACCAGUCAAGUGGUGUUAAGAUAUUUGAUCGACAGGGGAACGAUUCCGGUACCAAAAUCGACUAAUAAGAGUCGUCUGGCCAAGAAUAUAGACGUGUUUGACUUUCAACUUACUCCAGAGGAGAUAAACACCAUAAACAAAUUCAACAAGAACAGAAGAGUGAUCGACACUAGCUACUGGAAGGAUCAUCCUCAUUAUCCUUUCAAUAUAGAUUAAAAUGACAAAGUAACUAGUUGUCUUUUGUUUCCAUAGGUAUAUUUUAAGGACUAUAAAAUAUAUCACUUUAAAUAAAUCUACUUGUUUUAUUAUAUAAAUUUAUAUCAGAAUAUAAGUAUAUAAAUACUGACGGCUUCAGUAGUCUAGCGGUUUAGCUCACCGCCUUACUUCCGAUGGUCGCGGGUUCGAUUCCUCGCACGGCACAAACAUUUGCAUUCAUGAGUAUGAUUGUUUAUAUCGGUCUAGGUGUUUUCUAUGUAUAAUAUGCAUGUAUUUGCAAAUGUAUGUAUCAGUUAUCUAGUAUCUAUGACAAAAGCUUUAGCUAGUUUAAAUUGGGACUAGAUGGCGCUGUGUUAAUUGUUCUGGGAUUAUUUAUUUGUUAUUUAUAUUUGUGGGAGUUAGGGUGACAUUACCAGUA